UUGACAUCCACCACCACAACACCGUCAAUCCAGUCUCCGGAUAUGGGAAACUGGCGUCUAAAUGGUGACUCGUAUGGGUUGUGGAGGCCCCCUCCAGAUCCGCGACGGCCGCAAUUCCCUUAUCGCCGUGGCCUCGAGCUCUCAAUUCGACGUCACAGCCCACCCCCGCCGUAUGGGUUCGGAUAUGUCAAAGGGACGGAACGACAACAAGCUCCGUCGCCACAAAUCCUGGAAGUCACCCAGAGCGAAUGGUGUGUUCGACAUCCCCCUGCAGAUUCUCCUUCUCCUCACCCCGAUCCGACCUUGCACAAGCUUCGUGUCCUCGAUGAAAUAGCCUGUAAGGAUGGGCGCGGGUCUCAGAUUGUCCGCUGCUGCCUUGAUGACGAUGAGAGCCAAGUUUACGUGGCGAAGAUCUACGAUGCCCUCUACUAUUCCUUCAUGGACAUCACCUGGCUCGCCGACAUGGACUAUCGCUGUGAAGCAGCCGCAUAUGAGGAUCUGCAAAAGGCGGGAAUCGAUGGCGUGCUUGUCCCCAAGUAUUACGGCUUUUGGACUUUUGACGUUCCGUUGUUUGAGUCUGAUAUAGUACGACCAGUUCCCUCGAUGAGGGAACCUAGUGUUUGAAUUUACU